AUGAUAGUCAGUGGAUGGUUGGCAUAUCUUUCAUUGCCCAGCUUAGUAUUAGCAACGUUAUCGUAUAUUAGUAGAGGCUAUAUCUGGCUGUCACAAAGUAUGGGUGCUUGUGUUUGUAAAGAAGCAAACCCGCGCUCUCAUGGAGGUGAACCUUACACCACAGCCCAGAGUAAUGCUACAUCAAGAACUCAAAGUCCUGUUUCCGGUGCAGGAUUAGAUGGAGGGUGUAUUCCGUCAGUCACCAAUUGGGCAACUUCAAGAAAUACCAAUACAGAUAAACUUGUGUUGGAUACACUAUCAGUAAUCAGGACACUAGUUGAUAAUGAACAAGACCCACCGUAUUCAAUGUUGAAGCUGCAUCAGAUAGCUGAGACAGAGAGUGGAUGGUUGGAAGUAACUCACUCAAUGAUCAAUGUUAUUCCUAUGGAUGAUCCACUUGGCCCUGCUGUCAUUACACUAUUGAUUGAUGAGUGUCCAUUACCAGCAAAAGAAUAUGUUGAGAAAUUAUCAGAAAUGUUGAGAUUAUCAGAAAGGACUACAGAGUCUGUUCUCAAAUACCCUGCCAAACACAGAAACAUAGCUACAGUACUAGGAUGUAUAGCAGAAAAAUUAGCUGGUCCAAACAGUGUGGCAUUACUUACAGAACACAAUCUCAAGUAUUUACUUGCAAACUUGAAUCCAUGUUUGCAUCCACAAGUGAUACUCUUUUCAAUCAUUGCAUUAGAAAAGUUUUCUCAAACAAGUGAAAACAAGAUAACCAUUAAACAUGCUGGUAUUGCUCCUCUUUUGAUGGUUCUAGAGAAUUGGCUGAGCCAUCAUGACUACGAUAUGCGACAAGUUGGCUUCUGUUCACAGUGGUGUUUAGAUAACCUAUUUAUUUUGGAAAAUAGACAGUUUACAUAUAAAACAUUGAAUCUUAGUGGUUGUAAUGCUAUGCUGAAUAAUAAUGACGUGAGUGAGUAUCUGAAGAUUUCUCCCAAUGGUCUUGAGGCACGCUGUGAUGCUUCUUCAUUUGAGAGUGUACGUUGUACGUUUUGUGUCAACUCUGGUGUUUGGUAUUAUGAAGUUACCAUUAUUACACCCGGUGUCAUGCAAAUAGGAUGGGCCACCAAAGAGAGCAAGUUCCUUAAUCAUGAGGGAUAUGGCAUAGGAGACGACUCAUUCUCAUUUUCAUAUGACGGAUGUAGACAGCUAUAUUGGUUCUGUGCUGAAAGUAGAAAACACUCCCACCCAAUAUGGAAAGCAGGUGAUGUUGUUGGAUUCCUUUUGGACUUAGAAAAGAAGGAGAUGAUAUUUUCAUUGAAUGGUCACUGCCUACCACCAGAAAACCAACUUUUUGUCUCAGCCAGUUCUGAAUUUUUCGCUGCUGCUAGUUUCAUGUCCUUUCAACAGUGUGAAUUUAACUUUGGUAUGAAGCCAUUCCGAUAUCCACCGUCAGUGCCAUUUGAUAGCUUUAAUGACCACGCUGUUCUCAAAGAUGAUGAAAGAGUCAUUCUUCCAAGGCAUCAGAAGCUGGCCCUACUUAGACAUAUUAGUGUCAGUGAGGGCGCUUGUAAUCUCUGCUUUGAUAAACUUGCAAAUACAAUACUAAAGCCCUGUGAUCACAGGGGACUAUGCAUGGAGUGCGCGAUACAGGUUGAGAUAUGUCCAUUAUGCAGGACUUUCAUCACUUUACGAUUACAAGAAACAUAACAGUAGUUCUAUACUUACAGAAGACAUAAUGAAGACAAUUUAGUGUUGUCCGUCAGUGAAAUUUACAUUGUUUUUAUACUCAGUUUGUUUUCUGAUGUCAUCUUUACUGCUGCUGCAGACCUGAAUACUCCAGUAUUGUAUGGAAUAGAAAUGUUGUGACCCACAAUAUGUCAAGUACUAGAAAAGGAAUGUGUUAUUUUAAAACACAACGUGGCUUUCUAUAUGUAAAGGCAUAACAUCUGAAUACGAUCCCUGGUCUACUACUGUACUGAUCUAAUCUGGUAUAUAUUAGUUCAGACGGUAUAACUUGUUGAGC